CAGUUCACCCCCCUCUGUCUGAUUGAAUGCAUCAGUGCAGAUGUGAUGAGGUUUGAUUGACUCAUCAGGGACGACUGAGUAUGUUCUUGUGUUCUGUGACAAGAUGUCUUAAACUAGAUAGAGGAAGUGAGGAGAGACAGGAUGUCUGAAAAUAAUUGCAUACAGUACAUCAACUGUCAUUGUUAUAUGACAAUUCAGUCCCUGCAGAUCAAGGCAAGAAUGUUCAGCCGAAUCUCUUUGAUUUCUCUGAUCAUGAUUCCUGUGAUCUGGAGCCAGGACUGGCAGGUUCAGUACUCGAGUAUGAUGAAAUGUGCCCUAAAGGGUUCAAAUACACAUCUAUCAGGCAGUUAUAAACACCCAAAUCAUCUCACAAUGAUAAAGACAUUCUGGAUUGUAAACCCAGUUAAAGGUGAAGAAACCAUCAAUCUGGUGGAUCAUCCAGAUUACAAAGGCAGAGUUCAGUAUUCCCAGAAUAAAGACGGAAUAUUCUUUCUCAGUCUCAGUAAUGUGACACAUAAGGAUGAAGGAAUGUACUGCCUCAGAAUCGUGGCAAAAGAAGACAAAUAUCUGUUUUUUCCUGGGAUUGAUCUUAAAGUGACCGAGCUCAGAGUGGAGAUUCCUGAAGAGGCCGUGGAGGGAAAAUCAUCGAUUUUAUUUUGUAAAACCACCUGUCACCUCUCAGAUAAAACAAACUUCACCUGGUUUAAAAACAGCAAGCGUUUAUCAGAGUCGAAUGUCUCGGACCAGCUGUUGCUGCCGUCUGUGAGCACUGAUGAUACGGGGAACUACAGCUGUGCAGUGACAGAUCACAAACACCUGUCGUCUCCUGCCGUCACUCUCAGCGUCAGAUAUCCUCCAAAGAGUGUCUCAGUGUCCAUCAGUCCGUCUGAAAUAGUGGAGGGAGAUUCAGUGACUCUGAUCUGCAGCAGUGACUCAAACCCUCCUGCUCUGAACUUCAGCUGGUUUAAGGAGAAUCAAAGCUCAGCUGUUGGAUGUGGACAGAGUUUCAUCAUCUCCAGCUUUAACUCCAGUCACAGCGGACGCUACUAUUGUGAGGCUCAGAAUAAAUAUGGAUCUCAGAGAUCAGCGUCUGUUUCUUUAACAUCUGCAGGUGACCAGAAAGCCGUUCUGUAUGCAGCUGCUGCAAUCGGGGCAAUGCUCAUCUGCAUCUGUAUAUUUAUUGUAGUAAAAAAAAACAUCAGCAGGAAAACAGGAGAUGCUGGUGGCCAGAGUGGUGUUUCAAAACAGGAAGAAAACAACAGCACAGCCGUGACUGAUCAGACCAGCGCAAAACCUCCAAAACCAGCCGAUCUGAAUGAGUCAGUGUACGCCAGCAUCACUCACAGCAGACCCAGAGAACAGCAGAGAGAUGGAGAUGAAGACGAGGUUCAGUACGCCACCGUCCAGCACCACAGAAACACCAGAAACACGACUGCAGAGGACGGAUGUCAGAAUGGAAACAGUGUUUCUGCCGGAUCAAAUACUGAAAAGGCGGAUGAUUCCAAUGUGAUCUACAGUAGCAUCAAAUCUUCAUGAAGAACCGGAGCGUCUGGUCACAUCACUGAACAUGCUCCUACAUUUGCAUACACUGAAGUCGGCAUGAAAUAGAAGUUGCGACCGAAAAAAGCGAUUCCGCUUAACAAAUGAGACUUUAUUUUAUACAUCAAAUAGGCCUACAUUUGGACGGAUCGAUCACAGUAAGAUGCAUUAAGAAAAUAAACGGUGAAUUAAAAUUUGGACUUUUUGUUGAAAUGUGCUUGUGGCCAUGUGAAGUGACUUUAAAUACACAACACUUGUGUGAGAAACAGGACAUGAAACUAUAAAAGCUGUGAGCAAACAUGAAAAACUUCCAUUUCUGAAUGGAGGAGAGGUUUCGUUACGCUGAAUAAAUGGCUUUUGUGAGGAGACAAGCUUAACAUUUUCUUGCUGGCUAAUCUUUGCCAUUAAAUGUUUGUUUCUCUCAAAUAUUUUAAAACAAGCCUUUAAAAAUAGUGAAUCGGGUGCUGUAUUUAUUUGCCUUUAAAGGAUGCAUUUGUUUGUUUAUGUUAAUACUACUGUACAUUUAGAAGAGUUAAACGUGUAGAAAGAAUUGUGUAAACAAUAAAAUAAUGUAUAUUGUG